UUGCUAUCUUUUGUACCAAAGCAAAACAAAUCCGUGCUUGUUCUCUCCAGCAUGCAUCACUCACCAACCAUCGAUCCACAAAAGCAAAAGCCAGAAAUUAUUAUUUUUUAUAAUAGCACCAAAGGUGGCGUCGAUACAUUAGAUCAGAAAUGUGCCAUUUACUCAACUUCUCGACGCACACAGCGCUGGCCAAUGGCGGUCUUCUACAGAAUGCUGGAUGUUUCUGCAGCAAAUGCGUACAUUAUCAGCAGCAUGAACCAAUCUCAGAGAAAGGUGCCCAGACUGAAUUUCAUGAAACAACUGGCUGAAGACCUUAUUACACCCCAUUUACGACGUCGAGCGAACCAGUUUGGAUUGCAAAGGGAACUUCAGAACGCUAUUCGCCGGGUUCUCAAAAUAGAUGAAGAACCCAGAACAUCUUCGGCAAACAGCUCUGACAAAUUAGAAACACGCAAAACUUGUUCAACGUGUGACCCAAAGAAGAAACGUAAAACAUUCCAUUUGUGUUUUCAGUGCAAAAAUCCAAUUUGCGUUGAGUGUUCUCAAAAAAUGUGUGUACGCUGCCGCGAGAAAUUGUGA